CUCCCAUCUAGUGUAUUUGGGAGACAUGAAUGCAGAGCAAAACUGAAAGGAAGGGAAAGGAAAGCCCUCUUAUUCUCGUUCAUCUUCAUCUGCUACUGAACACUUCGAACUGUGUGCAUCGCGUUUCAUCUCAAUGAACGCUAUUCCGACUCUCCAAUUUUUCUGCGGAGAGAUACAAUAAACUCAAACAAACCUAAUCGCGAAUGGCGGUUUCCGAAGAAGAAUGCUCUUCCGCCAAGUCAGGUCCGUCUUCGUCUUCCUCCGCCUCGCGCUGCUACCUCUCCAAGUGCGUUCUCAGAGGCAGCGUCGUUCUUCAGGUUCUCCACGCUAACAUCCGUUCUCCCUCCUCCAACGACGUCGUUUUCGGCAAGGAAACAUCCAUUGAAUUGGUGGUUAUUGAUGAGGAUGGGAAUGUGCGAUCUGUGUGUGAUCAGCCUGUCUUUGGCACCAUCAAAGAUCUUGCCAUAUUGCCCUGGAAUGACAAAUUUCGCGCGCGUGAUCCACAGCUGUGGGGCAAAGACCUUUUGGUUGCUACAUCUGAUUCUGGGAAGCUGUCGUUGCUCACAUUUUGCAAUGAAAUGCACAGGUUUGUUCCUGUAACACAUAUUCAGCUAUCUAAUCCUGGAAACACAUUGGAUCUUCCUGGAAGAAAGCUAACAGUUCAUUCCAGUGGUUGUUUUAUUGCUGCCAGUGCAUACGAAGAUCGGCUGGCUUUGUUUUCUAUGUCAAUGUCCAGUGGUGAUAUCAUUGAUGAGAGAAUUGUAUAUCCUUCUGAAAGUGAAGGAACAACAAAUACUUCCAGAAGCAUUCAGAGAACCAGCAUACGUGGUACUAUUUGGAGCAUCUGCUUCAUUUCACAAGAUUCCAAACAAGAAAGAAAGGAGCAUAAUCCUGUACUAGCUGUUAUUAUAAAUAGGAGGGGAGCAGUUCUAAAUGAAUUAUUAUUAUUGGAGUGGAAUGUUAAAGCACGUAAAAUCUUUGUUAUUUCUCAGUAUGUUGAAGCUGGACCUCUAGCAUAUGACAUUGUUGAAGUUCCUAACUCUGGGGGACUUGCAUUUCUAUUCAGAGCUGGUGAUGUACUCUUAAUGGAUCUUAGAGAUCAUCGCAACCCAUCCUGUGUCUGCAAGACUAACUUGAACUUUUUACCCAAUGCUAUGGAAGAACAGCCUUAUGUGGAAGACUCUUGUAAACUACACGAUGUUGAUGAUGAACGCUUUAGUGUUGCUGCCUGUGCUUUGUUGGAGCUGAGUGAUUAUGAUCCUAUGUGCAUAGACAGUGACAAUGGUGGUGCUAAUUCGGGUUAUAAAUAUGUAUGCUCGUGGAGUUGGGAACCUGAAAGUAAUAAAGAUCCCAGGAUGAUCUUCUGUGUAGAUACUGGGGAAUUUUUUAUGAUGGAAGUUCUUUUUGAUUCCGAAGGCCCUAGAGUUAAUCUGUCCGAGUGUCUCUAUAAAGGUCUACCUUGUAAAGCACUUUUGUGGGUUGAAGGUGGAUAUCUAGCUGCUCUUGUGGAAAUGGGGGAUGGUGUGGUCCUGAAAUUGGAAGAUGGAAGACUAUGCUAUACAAAUCCUAUUCAAAACAUUGCACCCAUCUUGGAUAUGGUAGUCGUGGAUUAUCAUGAUGAGAAACAUGAUCAAAUGUUUGCUUGUUGUGGUGUGGCACACUCGGAUGCAGACGAUCGAGAGCUGCUGACCGAAGAGCUCGAUGAAGUAUUAGACAUGACGAUAAAAACUUACCAAUUUCUUCUCAAAACCACAAUCGUUCUUCGGAUCGGCUUCUCAAACCUUCGGCUACCACAAUUCGGAUGA